AUGCGUUCCAACUCAAUUCUUUUACUGGCCUUUGGGCUCCCAGUAGCUAUAGCAGGCCCUUGCAAACCCAGUUCUACUUCCCGAUCGAGCGAUGUGGGCGUGACAACUUCAACUCUGGCGACAGUGUCUGGAGUCGCCUCCACAGAGACAGCCAGCACAACUCAAACAGAGACCACUGAGACUUCUACCACCGAUGUUUCAUUCGUUUUAACAUCCACCGAAUCUGACACUACGACCUCCAUAACAUCACUCGACACAACAGAGACUACAAUGCUCGUACCUACAACAACGACCUCGGAAGAAGCCGCAGUCACAACUUUCAACAUCAUUGCCGAAGGCGGACCGGCAGAUGGUAUAGUGAUGGGGCAGAAGGAAAACUAUUUCUAUCUCCAAUUCUCUUCCGGCUCAGCCUGGGAACCCGCCGCCCUCGUCCUUGAACAAGGCACAGGCUAUCUCCGCCGCGCCGACCCAUACAACCCCAAUUUCCCCCUCGUCUGCAUCCGCUGGGCCUCGGGUACAGUACCUAACCCAGGCUGGUUCAUUGAUUGCUCGGCGUCAGAUACACACUUCGGCGCGCCUAUUGCAUGCGACCUCAAAAGUGGCGGGGAGCUCUCUUGCUCAAUUCCCGCUGGCCACUGUAGAUACUACACCGUCCCUCCUAGAGACAAUGGUGCUUGGGAUUGUCAAGCGGAUACUGGCGUUUUUCGCAACUUCUACACGGAGGAGAGUACGGAUGAUUAUGGUGUUACUUAUUAUGCACCUUGGAUGGGCUUUGAAGGAUAUGAAGGGCAAGGCGAUUAUAAUCCUUUGGAACCAGUGACGUUCAGAUGGAGGAGUGCGGAUUAG